ACGGAAGCUCUCUGUGUUUCUGAACGGGAGUGUGUGGCCCUUGUGCUCGUGCUUAACAAGCAGAGAGCUGUCAACUCUUUGGAGUUCAUAACUACUGAACAAAUUUACAUGAAGUAGCUGGUUAAACACCAGCGGGCUUGUUUGACCAGGAAUGGGAGCCAACAACAGCACGCGUCGCGUGUCUUUUGAGUCGGAUGAGAAUGAGAACAUAACGAUAGUGAAGGGCAUAAGGCUCUCUGAGAAGGUCAUCGACCGCAUGAGGGAACCCUCAGGCCCACCGCAGCCCCCCACCAGAACCCCUCCUGCAUCUCCUCCCGCGGUUGAUCCUCUGCCAGCACUGGUGCCAAUAUCUCCUCCACCCGACCCUGUCACUUCCCUUCCACCAUCUUCCUUGCCAGAGCGAGUAAAACUCCCUGAGCAAGUGACCACUGCUGUACCUCCUCCUCCACCACCACCAGCAGAGUCAGUCAUUCUCCCCCCACCUCCUCCUGUAGCGACAGCACCAGCUGUAUCAGCGUCUGCAGAAAUAACCACCCCCUCCCCUCCAGCUGAACUUGUCGCUCCUGUUGCUUCUGCUGCCGAAACUAUCCCGCACGCUCCUCCUCCGUCUGUAGAAAAACCUGUGGCUUCUCCACCACCGCCUCCACCUCCUGCCGUGGAUGAGGCUGAGCUGAGAAGAAAGAUCGCUGAAGAGCUGCAGAAAGGCCUGGAGGAAGAGAGGAGAAAGGCACGGGAGGAACUCAACCAAUGGCUGGAAAAGGAAAAGUCCCAGGCUCAUCUUCAGGCCCAGGCGGAAGCUCAAGCCCAGGUAAAGGAUGAGGUGAGCAAGAUCCUUGCAUUAGAGAAAGAGCAGAGCAUCCAGAAAGCCAUACUGAGAGGAAGAAUCACCGCAGAGGAUGAAAGACUGCAAGCUCAGAUACAUGCUAGACAGCUGGAGGAGAGAGAAAAAGAGCUCCGGAAGCAGGACGCUUUCUACAGAGAACAAGUGGCCAAGUUGAAGGAAAGGUCAAAAGAUUUCUACAAGGUUACCAAUGAAAACUAUCACAAGGCAGCGGAUGAGGUCAACGCCAAGUUCAAGCGGUACGAAAUUAGUCCAGUGUGCACCGACCUUCAGGGGCAGAUUCUGAAGUGCUACAGAGAAAAUGCUGGAAAAACUCUGCUGUGCUCCAACAUCGCCUCUCUAUACAUGCAGUGUGUCAACAGUGCUAAACAGGACAAGUUGAGGACUGGAGGUUAAGUUUCUGAGCAGGAAGACCUGUUUGUAUCUGUGAUCUCAACGUUUAUCGACUGUUGCCAAGGAAAGACGCCACCCGGAGACACACCCGAGCAGACCUGAAGCAGAAUCUGCAGUGAAUUGAGAGCUAGACACCCUUGAACCUUCCUUUUUUUCCCCCCUGUACCUUUUCCCAUCACUUUUACCUUCCUACCUCCUUCCUGUUGUUUCACCUUUAUCCAGUAAAAGGGAAACUGGUAUCCAUUUCUGAAACGGACAGAUUCAGCAGCGGCGAUCGUAGGUGGAGCUCAAACGUUCUGAGCACCUGAAUCAGAAAAUGCACAUUUUUUUGGUUCACAAAGGAUAGUACAGAGUGAAAAGAACUGAACUAGAUACCAAAUAUUAGCCACACUAGGCCAGUCUAGACCCAAACUAGGUUACAGGUCGGUCUGGUUAUGUAGCGUCAUUUAUCCAGCCGUCAUACCUGUGAUCCACCCUACUAACCCACCACAAUCCUCCAUCACCGAUUGCACUAGUCACAUCUUCCAGCUGUUCGUUGUGUUUUUGCGUGUGAUGUUCAUUAUCGGAUUUAUGUCUUGUUGUUCACCCAGAAAGGUCAGGUCUGAUCCCCUGAUCUGCGUUGAAGAAUAAACUAUUCAAACCCU